AAAAUAAGGUAUACCAAGACAGUGGAAGUCAACACACAUGAGACGAGCUCCAACACUGACACAUUUUGUAUAGCAGGCAGAUUUCUUGGAAGGGAAAUCCAGUCCACUGCAUACAAUGUAUGAUGUAAUGGCGUUAACGUCGAUAGCGUGCGGCCUGGUAGUUGCGGCAUUCAUUAUUGAGGCCCGAGUCUGUAGCCUUGGUAACGAGCCUGACACAAAUAUGCGUACGCGCUGGAUCACAGUUCGAGUAAAGGACCCCUGUGAGUGUACCGUCACUCUGCCGGGUGGGUUAAACGCAGCACCGGUGCUGCAUCGCACCCAGCCCGUCAUGCAAACACAAUACCCUAUUGUCUCUGAUGACCCGGAAGAGAUCAGGAGCCAUUUUAAAUGUGUCAACCCAAGGGAACUUGUUCUAGGAACAACUCGCCCAGAUCCCACACUCCACAGGGUGCCGGGCACCUCCUCUGCGUCGCCGACGUCGCCUGGCAGUACUUGGAUUCAGCUGCUCCACUACGACCGCAGCAAACCAAACACCAUUGAGAGAGACCGUGACGUGUUGGGUCAGUGGAUAUCCUCCAACAUAACAGAGGUUAGAAUCUCGUUGGGAAGCAACUCCAGUAAAGGGCAACAUCUUAGUUUGCUCUUUGACGCGAGGGACUGUAAUUCGACCUCCUGGUUCACACCCGCACGACUGCUGAGCUCCCCUUGGACAGACAUGCAUGACGACCCUAUCUUCAGCUUGAACUGGCUGGCAAACGGGGGCGAGAUACUUGGUAUCCAGGCCGAGUUUCGAGGAAUGCAUCCCUUCGAGGGUUGGCUGAGAUGGGCCCUCCCUGGUGACGGCUCGGAGGAGUCAGAAACGUCGCUGACAGGAAACCUCCCGGUGAUAGCAUUUGGGAGAAAAGGGAAAGUGCACUGGACGGACAGGGGUCUUUUGUCCCGCGAUCGACCGGUCAGUCAGAGCUCAACCGCAGGCCCUGCCCUUGGCGAGUAUGGUGUGGAUUUAGACUCCUCGUCGAGAACAAGCACAGGUUAUGAAUUUGAACCGUGGUGGAUGGUUGAUUUAGGAGAAGAGUUUUCCAUCGAGGAGAUAACCAUCAUGGGUUGCGCACCAGGAAAAGGAAAGACCGAGCUGUUUGGUGCACAAUUUCGUGUCGGUGUCACUCAAUCAAUUGAUGAAGGAACACCGUGUGGGUUACCAGUGCAAAACCCACCUGAGGAGGGUACCAGUCUCACCCUCUUCUGCGCCAAUUUGCCAUCGGCCCAGUACCUGAGCAUGCGCAUAGACGGAGCGUACGGUACCCUAGGAUUCUGUGGCAUUAAUGCUGUUGCAGACGGAGGGAGAAAUCCAACGCUCAGGGGACAGCCUACCUGGCAAAGCAGUGUGUUGACCCGAAACGCCUCGCAUUGCGUGGACGGUCAAAUAGGCGUUCAUAGGGCGGAUCUUACGUGCUGCCAAACUGGCGAUAACAGCUAUUCUUGGUGGGGAGUAGAUCUGGGAGACCUUCACACUGUGACUAUGGUAAUCAUCAGCCCAUUCCCAGACCCUCAGCAGUGGACUGAUAUGACUGGGGCAACUGUUGUCGUCAGUGAUGUAGACAACGCUUUCUUGCUUUCGGCUGAGCCAUGUGGCGGCGCCCUCGCGUUUGGGGAUCUGCUGGAACAUCGCCCUCUAUUGGUUGACUGCGUGCCUGACGUGACUGGUCGCUACGUAUUCAUUAGGAGCAGCAGCAUGCCACUGAGCAUGUGUGAAGUCGAGGUCUUCGGCAAGGAACUAGGUGAUGUUCUACUUGCUGACACCCUGAACAUACAAGCUUUGGUGGCAGAAAAUUGAGGUUGCGUGCGACUUGGACAAUCGUCAUCCCAGUUCGAUUUCGAGGCGAAACAGCUUUGUAUUUUGUUUGUUUUUCUGUUAAUUUUCCUAUUCGAUUGCCUUUGGCUAGUUUUGUUUUUGUUGUUUUUUUUUCUAUGGUUCCUUUAAAUACAAAAUUCUUUUCUUCUUCGCUUGUGGUUUUUUUCAAUUAAGGAAACGCUCUAGGCAAGUGUCUUGCAACUCCCGUAGCAAAGUUCUUUAUAGAAAUUCACAGUGGCUGUGUUGAUUGGAAAGCAUGAAUCCCAGGUCAAGUCUGUCGUAGAAAACAGACGCAUCAUGGCUUUUUCAAAGACAGCCUCCGUUAUUCAAUUAAUUAACCUUUAACAAGGAACGGAGAGGGAAAAUAUUUUGAUAGUCUGAUCAUUCAGAGCGAUGGCACUCGGAGCAGCGACACGCACCUUUCAUGGACAUUUACAUAAAACACGUAUGCGAACCAUCAAACAAAACCCAAGCUCUAUUUCCUACGUCAUAAGAAAUACCAAAGGCUGGCUGUUUGAGUCAUUGUGGCUAUAGACCUUGGUGAUCGGGACAGAUAGAAGUUUAUUGGACACAGAAAAAAAUAUGCCGGGCCAAUAAAAAAUGAGAGGAAUAUAACACACUGAGAGUCAGAUUAUCAUCAGUUUUUGGUAAAUCGAUUUACACAUAAUUUCGAUGCCCAACAGCAGAAAAAAUAAUGUGAUAGCCAUUAUUUUGUAGCGAGCACAUUGCAGAAGAGGAAAAUCACGCGAUUCUCCCCACCCAAAAAUCGACAAAUUUAUGUCAACUUUUAAACUUUGCUCAUUUAUCGGAUAUAUAUCGAAGUUAAUGUUUAUUCCCCAUCAAAAGUCCUAAGAUUCUGUUUCAUGGAGCAAUUGAAAACACACCUAGAGGCAAAUAAAAGUCUGGUUCUCUUCCGGCCCAAGUUAACCACCGUUUCCUCUUGCUUUCGUUGUUUCUUGUCCCUUUAGAUGUCAUUAUGUAAUCAGUAAAUGGAGAUGACUAUACUCUUCAUACCCUUAAGGAUCAAUUCUCAAUCUUCUGAUGUUAAAAAAAAAUUAAGAUGUUCUUGACUUAUUUUUUCGAUGUACGUGUAUUGAGUUGGGAAACGAUGAGUAUUCGCUCUCACAAAGGCCAUAUCGAGUUUCUGAAUCAUUUGUAAUGAGCGAUUGUGACAUGGUGAAAGAAAGUGUAUACACUAUGCUGUCAUGGACAAUCAUCGGGCCUUCUGUUUGAUAGUUUAAGACAUCUCUGCAUUGUUCUCCAUUUUUUGUCGUUCAAAAUUCAUUUCGGUUUAUACUUAGGCGGGCAUUCCUUUCAACACUACUUGGCGCAAUUCGAUUGCAGGAGUUUAACAGACUUAAAAGUUUCACAAUAUUUCGUGCACGGGAAAAAUCGUUUCAUUACUGAUCCAUUAAGCCCGCCCUGUUUUGUUCUGACCAAUCACAGCCGUGAUUUUACAUAUACCAUGCGCGCGCGUAUGAUGCCUACAUGUCACAUGAAACUCGUAGAGGUGUAGCAUACCCACAGUUCACUAAUAAAUUUUAAUUUUCUAAUCUUAAGUUAACCAUGAUUUUUGAUGUUACGUUUAUAUUAAAUUACCAA